GCAGUGUGCGCGUGCGCGCGUGUGUGUGCGAGCAUCACUUCGCCGCGAUGGCGAACGAAGCGCAAGGGCGCGGAGAAGGAGCCGGUUUCGCGUCUAGCUCCUUGGAGCUGAGCACGUCUCUCGAGCGCAGCGUGCAAACGCGCAUUUUUAAAAUUAUCGUAAUCGGCGACUCGAACGUGGGUAAAACGUGCCUUACGUUCCGCUUCACCGGCGGCGCUUUUCCGGCCAAGACGGAGGCCACGAUCGGAGUGGAUUUCAGGGAGAAGGCGGUCGAAAUCGAGGGCGAAAGGAUAAAGGUACAGGUAUGGGAUACGGCCGGCCAGGAACGCUUCCGCAAAAGCAUGGUGGAGCACUACUACCGCAACGUCCAUGCUGUUGUUUUUGUCUAUGAUGUCACCAAAAUGGCCUCAUUUGAGAACCUGAAGACAUGGAUCCAGGAGUGCAACGGGCACCGUGUGUCAGCCUCAGUGCCCCGUGUCCUGGUCGGUAACAAGUGCGACCUAGUGAACCAAAUCCAAGUUCCGUCCAACAUGGCACUCAAGUUUGCUGAUGCACACAACAUGCUGCUGUUUGAGACGUCUGCCAAAGACCCCAAGGAGAGCCAGAAUGUGGACUCCAUUUUUAUGUGCCUGGCAUGUCGUUUGAAGGCCCAAAAAUCCCUCAUCUAUAGGAAUGUGGAGAGGGAGGAUGGGAGAGUGAGGCUUAACCAAGAACCUAAUCCUAAGACUAGCUGUCCAUGCUGAAGACCUUUGCAGCCUAGAAUAAUCUUAUCUUGUUUUCCACACCAACUGUGACUGACGUUGAUGACUGCAAAAAAAACGUGCCUGCAACAAAUGAUUCACAUUGAGGCUUUGGUUUGCUUGUUUGUCUCUGUGCACCUUCUCUGUUUUAUCUUGCCAGUCACAUUGUCACCUAGAAAUCAUUGUUAUCCACAGGCCACAGCAUCAUUUGGUGUUUGAUUUGUUGUACAUGCAUUUUUAACUGUAACAUUUCAGCUAAUAUACGGAAAUAGAUAUUUCAGUUCAUAUAUCCAGUCAGCCAAAUAAUCCUGUUGUAGUAAUGUGUUGUAUAAUUCAUAUGGAUUCAUCUCCCAGCGUACAAUCAGCUUGAAAGAUUGAGUGCAAUAAGGAGUACGUACCAUUUGAUUGUUUAUUUAUCUGUUUGAAGACAAGAGUUGCAUAUAAACAGAUUGUAAGCUGUGUAUUUGAUUGCAGUUCUAGGACUCUUACUGAUAAAGUCUAAAAAGUCUUUGCGUUCACGCCACACAAUAGUGGAAUAGUAGUCAUCCUUGAUAGUUGCAUGUUGUGUUAACGGAUGAUUAUCCUGCAUGCUGAAAGUAAAUUAGGAGAGUAAAAGCUAGUGAUAGGAUAGCUAAUGCUAAGGAAUGAGAAGCUGCCAUAGCACAUCAGCGCUGUGACUGGAUAAUAUGUGGAGAUAUGAGCAAUAUGAGCAAGAUACAAGCUAACCAUCAGUGUGUUAUGUCACAUCCUAUUAACAUUUUGCAAAAUUAAGUCCAACAUUCAACCUUUUAUGAAAGGCCUAAAAAAAUAACUCAAUCUAUCCAAAUGCUCAAAUGCAUCCAGUUAAUUACUAGAACAGCAGUCAUUUUAGAAAACAUCCCAGAUGCAGGCACUCAUUGAAUCCAUGCUAACAAGACAGUUAUAUAAUUUACUUAUUUAUUUUUUUCAAGAAAACCUUUAAAGUGACCGUGUGUAAUUGUCAGCAUUCGUCAGUUUUAAGGCUGAAAAAUAUUUUUCUUUACACAUGAAACAAUUGUGUACAAAUGUGUUGUGUGUUAAACUAAUUGUUCACUGAAAGUAAAGUUAAAUGUGUUAUGUGUAACAUACAGCUUGAGGUCAUAGUUAUUGUGCCUUCUGCAUAGCUGUGUGUGUUAUUCGUGGACCAAUAAGCAGAAUCUCUCUUCCAGCAUCUAUUUGUGAUGCAUCAUUUAUGCCUGCUGACCAAGCAACUCAGUGGCCAUUACUUGUAAAACACUAGUUUUUGGGAUAUACAGUGUUAUAAAAUUCUUGGUGGUGUGUAAGGAUUAAAACAUUAAGGGGUGGUGUGAUAUGUUACCACACCAAAGUUAAGGACAUUUAUAUGGAGCUUCCACCAUGUAGUCGAUGAUAUUAAAAGAAUCACAUUCAUAUAAACAUUGCAACCAGAUAGACUUUCCAAGCCAUGCUUUUACUGAAUAUUAUUCUCUUUAACCUAUCAAUAUUACAUUUACAUAAUUUACCGCAUUUAGCAGACACCCUUAUCCAGAGUGACUUACAAUUUUUAUUUUAAUGUAUACAACUGAGGGUUAAGGGCCUUACUCAGGGGCCCAGCAGUGGUAGCUUGGUGGACCUGGGAUUUGAACUCAUGACCUUCCGGUCAGUAGUCCAACACCUUAACCAAUAGGCUACCACAUCUCUAUAUUAAACAAAUUAGAAGUUUCUUAAACAAAGAUUGAGUGUUUCUUGGUGAAAUAAAUGGUCCUGGAUGAAGGUACUGUUAGCAUAGACGCUAAAAAAGUGUUGCACUAAUGAUUAUGUAAGUUCACAAGCACAGUUCCAGUUUUACCGUAUUCCCCUUCAUGAACUUGUCCGUACCUUGAGUUGAAGUGUUUCUUUUGCGUCCUCUAUGAGGCAGUGUGUUUGUCUUUAUGAUUUGUCUAUUUUUCAGACAAAAGCAUUUGCAAAGAGAUGUGUUUGUGUUCCUCUGUCAGGUUCUGAGCUCAAAAUUAAACCUCCA